GCGGUGUUCAUGAAUAUGAACCAUGAGCUCUCAUUUGAACCUGCUCAAAACUCUCAUUACAAUUUGCAAUGUUUACAUAUGACGCAUAGCCUACAUGGAGAGAAACAGCAUGGCGAUGGAAUAUUGCCGCAAUCCAUAAUUCUCGGAUUUUCAAAACCGUGAUCAAGAGCAUCACGGUGUCAGUGACACUUUGAGGGAUAUUUAAUCACCACCAACAACGAUGUCGGUUUUCCAAGUUUGUUUGUUAACUCUCUUACUAAUGCUGUUUUUAACGAAGACAUACCUCUGUCUGGAAAGUGAAUUUUGUGAACCUGUGCGACUUGACCGUGAACAUUUCCCAAGUCACCUCAUCAAAAAGAGUGUCAAACUGAGCAAAGAACUAGUUGUUUACAGAAUAAGCGCUUUUAAUCAGGAAUUGUAUCUUAAUCUUCUGCCUGACUCUAGUUUUCUUGCUCCUGAUGGCACAUUUCAGUAUGACACCUCGUCUUUAGGAUCUGAUUUUAGACGGUGCUUUUACUCCGGUGAUGUUAACACAGACAUGAAUUCUUACGCAGCCCUCAGUGUCUGUCGAGGUGUCCGAGGGGCGUUUUCGUACAACGGGAUGGAAUACCAGCUCGAACUCAGGUCGAGCAAUACAACACUAGGACUGACUUCAGAUGAUGCUGAAAAAACGCACAUCAUCCGCAGAAGAUACAUUAACAGUCCAUUCACUCCAAACUCAACAUCUUGGUGCGGAGUUACAUCUGGUUCAAACCACGGCGUUGUGGGGUCCAUAGAAAAGUACCAACAUUUAAAGGGACACACAGAAACUUUGAUGAAAAGCAUGAGCAGAUCAAAAAGAUUCGCCUCUUUGCCAAGAUACGUCGAGGUCCUGGUUGUUGCUGAUGAGUCUAUGGCAAAAUUCCACGGUGACGACCUCAAGCAUUAUCUUUUGACCCUUAUGUCUGUCACUGCAAAGCUGUACAAACACCCCAGUAUCUUGAACGCCAUCAGUAUAGUGGUCGUGAAGCUUAUGGUGAUUAAUGAGGCUGAGAAAGGACCUAGAGUAUCCAGUAACGCGGCGCUAACCCUGCGCAAUUUCUGCACCUGGCAGAAGAAGCUCAAUAAGAACAACGACAAACAUCCAGAGUACUGGGACACGGCUAUUUUGUUUACAAAACAGGACCUGUGUGGGGCUACUACGUGUGACACUCUUGGUAUGGCUGAUGUAGGCACCAUGUGUGAUCCUAAAAGGAGCUGCUCAGUAAUUGAAGAUGAUGGCCUCCCAUCAGCCUUUACAACUGCACACGAACUAGGGCAUGUCUUCAGUAUGCCACAUGACAAUGUGAAGGCUUGUGAAGAGGUAUUUGGAAAGUUGAGGGACAACCAUAUGAUGUCCCCCACACUGAUCCAGAUUGACCACCACAGUCCCUGGUCCAUCUGCAGUGCUGCCAUCAUCACAGACUUCCUAGAUUCUGGACAUGGUGACUGUCUGCUAGAUCAGCCCCAAAAGCUAUUGGCUCUACCAGAGGACCCUCCAGGCAUCAGCUACUCACUCAGCCGUCAAUGCGAGCUGGCCUUCGGUGCAGGAUCUAAGCCCUGUCCAUACAUGCAGCCCUGCUCCAAACUGUGGUGCACUGGGAAAGCUAAACAACAGCUGGUGUGCCAGACUCGCCACUUUCCUUGGGCCGAUGGUACUAACUGUGGCAACAACAAGCUAUGCUACCAAGGGAGUUGUACUGAUAAGCAAAAUGCCACCACAGUUAAGGUAGAUGGUCGUUGGGGUCGGUGGGGUCCAUAUGGUCCGUGUUCCCGUACGUGUGGGGGAGGGGUACAGCUGGCUAAAAGAGAUUGUAACAACCCCAUCUCUGCAAAUGGGGGCAAGUACUGCCAUGGAUUGCGAGUGAAGCAUCGCUCCUGCAACUUGGAGUUUUGUAAAGAGUCAGGAAAGAGCUUUAGAGAGGAGCAGUGUGAGGCAUUCAAUGGCUUUAAUCUCAAUACUAACAGACUUAGCCCCUCUGUUGUAUGGGUUCCUAAAUACUCUGGAGUCUCUGUUAAGGACAGAUGCAAGCUUAUCUGCCGAGCCAAUGGAACUGGAUACUUUUAUGUCCUUGCACAAAAGGUGGUGGACGGAACACCUUGUUCGCCCGAUACCUCAGCGGUUUGUGUUCAAGGAAAGUGCAUUAAGGCUGGCUGUGAUGGCAAGCUGAGCUCCGACAUGAAGUUUGACAAGUGUGGUGUAUGUGGCGGAGACAACAAAAACUGCAAAAAAGUCUCUGGAAUGUUUACAAAACCUAUACAUGGGUAUAACUUUGUGGUGACUCUACCUGUUGGGGCCGCAAACGUGGACGUAAGGCAGCGUGGUUACCGUGGUUUGGUCAAUGAUGACAACUAUUUAGCAGUAAAGAAUGUCUAUGGCAAGUAUCUCCUGAAUGGAAAUUUUGUGGUGUCAGCCGUAGAAAAAGACAUUAUUGUAAAGGGAAGUCUACUGCGCUACAGUGGAACCGGCACAUCAGUGGAGAUUCUACAAGCCUCCAGACCUCUGAAAGAGCCCCUAACAGUGGAAUUGUUGUCAGUGGGUAAAAUGACACCUCCUCGUGUGCGGUACUCCUUCUACCUGACUGUGGGGAAUAAGGAGGACAAGAUCUUAAAGAAGGAACAUAGGAGCCAUGCGCAGAACAGUGUGUUGGAGAACAGCAAUAAAGUGGAACUGAAAAAGCCAGCCUAUCAGAUGCCUUCUUAUAAAUGGGUAGUGGCGGAUUGGGAUAAGUGCUCUGUUACCUGUGGGAAUGGGGUCCAGAGCAGACGAAUACAGUGUUUGAACUCAGACGGGCAAACAGCCACACACUGUGAUAGCACCCAAAAACCCAGUCCCAUGCGGGUGUGUGGUGAACCCUGCCCUAUAUGGAGCAUCGGUGAAUGGUCCACAUGUUCUAAAACCUGUGGGAAAGGCUUUAAGAGACGUCCACUGCGCUGCAUAACUCAGACAGGGCUGCUUUUACCCAGAGAUCACUGCUCGAGCAAAAGAAAGCCACAAGAACUGGACUUUUGCACUGUUAAGCCCUGCUAGUGACCAUUGCCGUCAGUUGGAGAAAAAUUGUGAUCCCUUCAGCCUAAUCUCAUGAAAAUUACAUGAACAUGGAGACAUUUUUGCAAAAUGACAUUACGUGGUUUAUUACAUGUAUCACUGCAGUUCCAAGGUGAAAUGUCCACUUUGUAGCACUAAAAGUGAGUAAAAUGUUCUCACAAACAGAUGAGGUUUUCAAGGUUGAUACUCUAUCGAGUUUUAAAUCAACAAAAUCUACCCUAUGCUAAAACUUAACCUUGUGCUACCCCACAUAAACAUGCGUGGACAUUGUUUUUUGGCUUUGCUAUAUGCAACACAUAAUUUCAUUUAAAUUUAAAAUUACUGAUCUCAGUUCAGGAGACUCUGGAUUGUAAGUAAAGGGUUAAACUUCCGACGUGCAGAGUCAUGUGACAAAAAAAAAUGGCGCUGAUCACAGAAGAGUUUGUCUUUGGGAGAAAUGCCAACAAAACUGGUAAGAAACCUAAUUAAGUUUGUACAAUUAAACCUGUUUUAGUGAAAAGAUUUGAGUAUCUAGUUUCACCCGAUAUGCUAUUUUUAAGAUUUGGGCGAUUUAUCACGAAAUGCCACGCUCCUGAAUACAAUGUAAAAUAAUGUGUACAACAGCAUUUUCACAUUGAGAAAAAAAUAUAUGCUUUCAGAGGCUUUAUAUUGUUUUAGGAUGAAAAUAUGGUGCAUUUCAAACUGUUCUGAGACCAGGGUAGGCAGACAGCAUAAGGGAGGUUAAGUCAUUCACUAAAUAGCAAGGGAGCAUCCUAUAUCUUUCCUAUGAAGCCAAGUGCAUUAAAUCCAAACUGCCUUUCAAAAGUUAAGUUUCAGGCUGCAGAGGAUUUUUGGACCACUCAACAUGCUUUGCAGACAUGGGAUAAUGUUAAUCAGUAUAGAUUCAGAAUUUAUAGUGUAUCAUUGUAUUUAUUUUUAAAUGGUUGGCAGUGAUUGGAAGAUGCUGGCCAUUACUUUUGGCUAAUUUCUGAUUGGUGAAAUGCUCCAGCACUGGCUAUCACUUGUUUGUUUGACAGUGCAAAGAGAGAACAUUGAGAUUUUGUUGCCAAAGUAGAAAAAAAAAAACAAUGCACCAAUGCAGCUUUACAGAAAAUCAGCUGUAAAAACAUGAAUUUGAUUUGAACACAAAUCAAAAAGGGAAAUGGAAAAUGCACGUAGCAGUCAAGCUCACUAGUAGUGUCAAAAAAAGCAGAUGUGAGUUGAAAAAGGCAGAUUCUUAAGUGGCUUCUACGUCACUUAUGCUACUUUAGGACUCGUAGCCUAGUCCUUUGCAUUGCAGGUAUAACACUUUAUCAGUUGAGCUACCGAGCAACUUGAUUGAAUUCGAAUAAGCAUUCAAAUGUAUCACCUAAGAAGUCAUGCACUAUAGUAAAACUGAUAAUGAUGAACUGAUAAUCAUUUACCACACAGCCAUUUCUCUAGUGAUUUGUGUGAAAAUGAAAAGAAGUCAUCGUUGUUGUAGUGCCUAUAGUGUUCAUUUCACCAGGAAACUGCCUCAAUACAUUCAAGAGCGACAUAAAAAUUAUUUAGCAAAAUAUAGGUGUAGUAAUGUGACUCUAUGACACCAGGUUGGAUCUCUUUGUGUGUGUGUCUGUUUGUGUGUCUGUGUGUUUGUGUGUCACACAGAUGUAUGUAUCAGGUUUGAGAAGCAUAUUUACUGCUUGUAAAGCGCAGAACAGGAGAUGAAUACAAUUAGUGGCUAGUAAGAGCGACAGAAUUUCUACCUGCAUUUGGCAUGUGUGCAGGUGUAUUAAUGUCAAGCCCUGAAUGUCCCGCUGAACGCAUUUUAGAUGUGCUCUACAAUAUGGAAUAGCCCUUCUGUAGACCCCCCCCUUCAGUCCGGGCCCCCCUCAAGCCCAGGCCUGGAAUAAAAGGUCCAGUUGUCCCCCCUUAUCUGUGGCCCUGCAUCAGGUGGCUGACCUUUGCAACAGGUAUAAUAUCAAGAAAAAAUUGUUAACUGAUAAGUUUGGAAAGGAGCAAACUGUUUCAUUGUAUGUUAUGUUGUAAGGUACAGUUCGAUAUCACCUACCUCGAAAAGGACAAUGUGUUUCAAAGCAGCCAAAUAACACAGACCACGUUAAGUUGUAAAUUGUUGCACGUUUUUGUAAAAGUGCCAUUAAAAAAAAAAAACAGCAUCUCUGCAGGUGGUUUGUAGAUGAAGUGAAGAUAUCGGUAAAAAUUGUGGCAAAAGUGUGGGUUUGUAGCAUUCAGAUUUUGUUUAAAUAUACAUGUGAAGAAUUUGAUCUAAAUGUGAAGCAUGUUAUAUGCGCAAAUAGGGCAACUCGGUCCAUGCACUAUUAUUAAUUUGUAUUCAUAUAUAAAGCUGAGCUAGCCAAUAGAUAAAUAGAGUUGUAAAGUGUUUUAAAUCAUUGAAGGUUCAACUAGCAGAUUUUAGAUCACGCACAAAAAAGACUUUUGGGGCAAAACAUUAUGAGUAAAUUACCUUGUAAUUUUGGGAUGGAAGAGGACAAAUACUAAACACAUAUUUACAUUAAUAAGAAUUAAAAUGUUAAUGUAUAAAACUAAAGUAUUAAGCUUGAUGACACUAUAUGGUACUGUACACAAAAGGACAAAAGUAAUUAAUAUACAACUUUAUUAAUUCAGCUAAGUAUGUAAGUAUUUCAUAAGAAUGUCCUUAGUUGUCUUGAUUUUCUUUCUAAAUGUAUUUCUGUUAAAGACACUGAUGUUGAUACAGCCUUUCUACUGCAAAUGAUUGUACAUAAAGGCUUUACAAAUUUUACUAAACAGGCAAUGGUUUGUCAUUACAGAAAAGUGAUUUCUUUGCCACAUCUAAAAGACUUUAUCUUUUUUUCUCUUGAAUUUGAUCAGAAAAAAAAGUCAGAUGUACACAUUUGAUCUUUAAUAUUUCCCUCAAUAACAUGAAAACGUAUAUUGUCUUUUCUGUCUGCUAUGUCCACUAUGACUUGAUAGCUGUAAAAAUCACAAUCUAUAGACAAUUAACAAUGUUUUAUUGAGUAUGUAUUAGAUCUAUUCUCUGCUGGAUAUAUGAAGAUGUAUUGUAACUUGUGCAAAUGACCAAUGUAAACCAGAUCUAUUGUUCCUGUUUACUCUUAUUCAUCUAAAAGGUGCUUCCUUGUUUCAUUUUUGGUGUUAAUACACCGAAAGGCACUUAUGUUUAUUGGAAUCCAUUGUAUACUAUGUAUACAUUCAUCAACUGUGCACAAAUAAAUACAGAAAU